ACAAACCGAGGGAACCAGUUAGAUUUUUUUUUUUUAAGAAAGAAAAAAAAAGGAGUAAUUAUGUCCAGGACGCUGAAGAAGAAGAAACACUGGUCCGGCAAAGUGGUGGAGUGCGCGGUGUCAUGGGGCAACUUGGGGGACUUUGGCACCGUGGUGGAGGUCCUCGGCGGAGCGGAGCUGGGCCAGUUCCCUCACCUGGGCCAGAUGAAGCUGGACGUGCUGGUGUGUCACGUCGGGAAGCUGCCCUACUACGGGGACGUGCUGCUGGAGGUCAACGGGACGCCCGUCAGUGGACUUACAAACCGCGACACCCUGGCCGUCAUCCGACACUUUCGGGAGCCGGUUCGUUUGAAGACGGUGAAACCAGGUAAAGUACUGAACACGGACCUGCGCCACUACCUCAGUCUGCAGUUCCAGAAGGGCUCGCUGGACCACAAGCUCCAACAGGUGAUACGGGACAACCUGUACCUGCGCACCAUCCCCUGCACAACCCGCGUUCCCCGAGACACGGAGGUGCCAGGAGUGGACUACAACUUCAUCACCAUCGGAGACUUCAGGAUCCUGGAGGAGAGCGGGCUUCUCCUGGAGAGUGGCACCUACGAUGGUAACUACUACGGGACCCCGAAGCCGCCGGCGGAGCCCAACCUGGUGCAGCCGGACCUGGUGGACCGGGUGCUGUUCGACGAAGCCUACGGCGGCGAAGCGCCCAGGAAACGCACCACCUCGGUCAGCAAGAUGGACAGGAAGGACAGCGCCGUCCCCGAGGAGGAGGACGACGACGAGAGGCCGCCGCCGCCGGUCAACGGACUGCCCGCGCUCAAAGAGGGGGCGGCCUGGAGGAAAGCGGUGCCCAGCUACAACCAGUCCAGCAGCUCCAUGGACUUCCGCACAUGGAGCUCUCUGCCCCGCGACGACAGCCUGGAGCCGCUGCCCCUCAACUGGGAGAUGGCUUACACUGAGACGGGCAUGGUCUACUUCAUAGAUCACAACACCAAGACGACCACGUGGUUGGACCCCCGCUUGGCGAAGAAGGCGAAGCCCCCCGAGAAGUGCGAGGACGGAGAGCUGCCGUACGGCUGGGAGGAGAUCGACGACCCGCAGUACGGCACGUACUACGUGGACCACAUCAACCAGAAAACCCAGUUUGAGAACCCGGUGCUGGAGGCGAAGAAGAAGCUGAGCCAGGAGACUCAGGCUGCGAUCCAACACGCCGCCGCCGCACCUUCCCAAGGUAAGGGCGGUGCGUUCGGCUUCACGUCGGACCCCAGCGAACUGAAGGGCGAGCUGUACCACACGGCGCUGAAGAAGAGCUCCCAGGGGUUUGGAUUCACCAUCAUCGGCGGCGACCGCACCGACGAGUUCCUGCAGGUGAAGAACAUGAUGGGCGACGGCCCCGCCGCCCACGACAAGAAGAUGGCAUCCGGUGAUGUCAUAGUUGAGAUUAACGGGAUGUCUGUGCUGGGCAAAACGCAUCCCGACGUGGUGCAGAUGUUCCAAUCCAUCCCCGUCAACCAGUACGUGGACAUGGUCCUCUGCCGCGGGUACCCGCUCCCCCCCGACGUGGAUCUGAGCAGCGACGACCCUCUCCCGCCUCCGCCCCCCCCGCCGGCCACCCAGCCCCCGCAGGCCCUGCACGGCGGCGAGGUGGUGACGGCCGUGCCCCUCAUCAACGGGCAGCCCCUCCUCGUGAAGGGCGACGUCCUCCACGGCUCCUCGCAGGAGCUCCACUACGCCACCACGGACGCCAGCGGGCGGCCCGUGGUGGCGGCGUUGCCCAACGAGAGGCACGGGGAGCGGGGGGAGACGCCGCCGGCGGCGGCGGCGGGGAUGCUGCAGCCGGAGCUGGCGAGCGUCCCGCUGGUCAAAGGGCCCGGGGGGUUCGGCUUCGCCAUCGCCGACUGCUCGCUGGGCCAGAAGGUGAAGAUGAUCCUGGACGCCCAGUGGUGCCGCGGCCUGCAGAAAGGUGACAUCAUCAAGGAGAUCAACAGGCAGAACGUCCAGACGCUCAGUCACGCCCAGGUGGUGGACAUCCUCAAAGACUUGCCCGUGGGCAGCGAGGUCGACGUGCUGGUGCUGCGAGGAGGUCAGACCACCCCUGUGAAGAGUCUAAGGCCUAGAGCGGAAAUGACGGCCAGCACCGAGACUCUGGACGGUACGGUAGACUCCGCCCCCCAGGCCCUGCCUUACCACUCCAACACGAGCCCCCUGCGCUCCGUCGACUCCCCCAAAAGAGACGCCGCCGAGAUGUACCUGAAGUCCAAAGCCCUGCUGGACAGCAGACAGCCUCACACCAAAGACAUCGAUGUUUUUCUGAAGAGAGACAUCGAAACCGGCUUUGGCUUCCGUGUGCUGGGAGGAGAAGGUCCCCAACAGCCAAAUGUCUUCCCCCAGGUCUACAUCGGGGCCAUCGUGGCCAACGGAGCGGCAGAGAAGGACGGCCACCUGAGAGCCGGAGACGAGCUCAUCGGCAUCGACGGCGUGAUGGUCAAAGGUCGAUCGCACAAGCAGGUGCUGGAUCUGAUGACCAACGCUGCCCGCAAUGGUCACGUCAUGCUGACCAUACGCAGGAAGGUCAUCUACAGAGAUGCGACGGAGGAGGAGGCUCAGGACAUGGCCCCGGUGCUGGUGAACGGUUCUCCCAAGCUGCCUCGCCUGCCGAUGCCCAGCGCCAUGGACCACGAGUCUUUUGACAUCACGCUCCACCGCAAGGACUCGGAGGGCUUCGGCUUCGUCAUCCUCACCUCCAAGAGCAAACCGCCGUACGGAGUUAUUCCGCACAAAAUCGGCCGGAUCAUCGACGGCAGCCCCACCGACCGCUGCAGCCUGCUGCACGUCGGCGACCGCAUCACGGCGGUCAACGGGCGCUCCAUCAUCGAGCUGUCGCACAACGACAUCGUGCAGCUCAUCAAGGAAGCCGGCACCGUCGUCACCCUCACUGUGGUUCCCGAGGACGAAUACAAGGGUCCUCCAUCUGGAGCCAGCUCGGCGAAACAGAGUCCGGCUCUCCAGCACAGGACCACGGGGCAGAGGUCCAUACUGCAGGAUGAGCGUUACAACCUGGACCUGGAAGAGAAGAGGGAGGGGCUUAACUGGUCCGACCACAAAACUCUUCCCCUUAGUGAGCAGGGGACGCUGUGUGUGACGGGGCCCAACCAGGGGUGUCUGACAGUGGAGUUGGAGAGGGGCCUGAGGGGCUUCGGCUUCAGCCUGCGGGGGGGCACGGAGUACAACAUGGGCCUGUACAUCCUGCGGCUGGCGGAGGACGGAGCUGCGCAGCUGGACGGAAGGAUCCAUGUUGGAGAUGAGAUCGUGGAGAUUAACGGGGAGCCGGCGCGCGGCAUCUCCCACACGCGGGCGAUCGAGCUGAUCCAGGGUGGAGGAAGCAAAGUGGUCCUGCUGCUGAGGCCUGGAGCGAGCCUGGGUCAAGAUGGCAGUCGACAUGAUCAAAAACUCAUUUCACCCACAGGCCUCUCCGGAGAGGUGUUUUACUCUGAUACAUCACCACAGUCCUCUCCACAUCCCCCCGGGGCUUCCAUCUUCACUUCCUCUCCCUUCUCCGGCAAACUGAAACAUUCCCACAGCUGGAGCAGCCUCUCUCCACGGGGCGUCCGUCCCCGUGGCAGCAGGGCUUUGAGCUCGGUGGAGGAGAGCGGCGAGUGGACGGACCGAGAGGCAGACGGGCCCUCUCCCGCCUCCUCUGAGCAUAUGAGCUUCUCCAGGAGGACCAGGCCCCCGAAAGACUCCAGAGAGCUAAGCAGCCCAAAGAAAACCGAGGAGACGUUUCCUAAAGCCAAAGAGCAACAUCACAGACCCCAAAAGACCGAGAGUCGGACACAGGAAGAACCGCCGAGCAGGAACAGGACGCCUCAGACGAAAACCGGAUCCACGAGCCCCGGCAAGUCUCCUCGAGCUGGACAGGAAGUAGCUCCGACCAUGCAGCUCGCAGAGCAUCAGCAAGGCCCUCAGAGGAGGUUAAAAGACUCGUCCAGCAGGGAGAGCUUGGAUCGUGAGAAGAGAAACGGCAAAGGGGGGGUGGACCUCGAGAUCCGGAGGCAUUCGCAAAGGCGGGAGCUGGAAGGGACGGUCAAGCAGACCAGGCCGAGCCGCGAGCAAGUAAGUUUCAAAGGGAGGGCGGCGGCGGAGUCUCACCACCACCGGACGUCUCCUCGUACGGUCCGAGAGGGCGAGAAAGGGCCGGGCAAAGACUCGGGGCAGAGCGACGCUAAUGGGAGGUGCACGUCCACGGCAGACAGGAACACGAGCGGAGAAGCCGCCAAGGAAAGGGAAUCGAGAGAAAUGCGUAGCAGAAAAGGUUCCGUGGGUUUGCCGAGAGACGCCAGAGGAAGAGGAGACGCAUCGUCUCACCCCAAAGAAGUCCGUGGCAGAGACGACCCCGUGGCCCCGACGAACAGCUCCCCGGGGAGCCCGCAGACCCCAAAGGGACCCAUUAGCCCCGGCCCUUGGAAAAGGCCCUGCUCGGCCAAAAUCCUCACCGAGGCGGAGGUCCUCCGUGACCCCUUGUGAUGUCGAAUAAUCGAGAUCACUGAACAGGCACCCCUCGGCGGAUUGUUUUUCUUUCCUUUUCUGAGUUCUUCCAUAAAAAACGAGAAGUUUGCGACUUGGUGCCACUUUUAUUGCCCUUCUUUCGGACCGCGUUCGCUCUUCUUUUUUUUUCUCCGAGUCCCGUGACAUCCCGUGACGGCACGUAGCAGCGCCCCUCCUCCGCCUUGCUUCAGCCUCUUGGACGCGGGCGCAUGCUAGGAGGCGAGACAUUUUGAAAUGUGAAUAUAUAUAUACACUACCGUUCAAAAGUUUGGGGUCACUUAGAAAUGUCUUUAUUUUUCAAAGAAAAGCACUGUUUUUUCAAUAAAGAUAACAUUAAUCAAAAAUACACUCUAUACAUUGUUAAUGUGGUAAAUGAGUCUUCUAGGUGGAAACGUCUGGUUUCUAAUGAAAUAUCUCCAGAGGUGUCUAGAGGCCCAUUUCCAUCAACUAUCACUCCAGUGUUCUAAUGGUACAUUGUGUUUGAUCAUCGCCUUAGAAGACUAAUGUCUGAUUAGAAAACCCGUGCAAUUAUGUUAGCACAGCUGAAAACAGUUAUGCUGGUGAUAUAAGCUAUACAACUGGCCUUCCUUUGAGCUUGAAGUUUGAAGAACAAAAUUAAUACUUCAAAUAUUAAUCAUUAUUUAUAGCCUUGUCAAUGUCUUGACUAUAUUUUCUAUUCAAUUUUCAAUUCAUUUGAUAAAUAAAAGUGAGUUUUCAUGGAAGACACAAAAUUGUCUGGAUGACCCCAAACUUUUGAACGGUAGUGUACAUAUAUAUAUAUAUAUAUGUAUAUGUAUAUAUGUGCCAAUCCUGGGAGCCUCCUGUGGAAAACGACGACGACCAACAGCGCUUCACCCAUUACAAUGCAAUGACCCAUAUGCAAAGAGAAAGGCCUCUCGCCUGUCGUGAACACCAAGUGUGACCGUCGCCUCUGGUUUAAUUUAGCUCUCGGCCUCAUCGGGGGAUAUUUUGACACAUUUUUUUAAAUAUAUAUAUAAAUGUUUGCUCAACUGCAUGCAGUCGGCCCCUUCUGUUGUUUUUUUACUGCACGUGUUCUGCACAUCGCCAGAGGAUGAAACCCCGCUUCUCGUUUAUCGUUCUCAUCCUCACCACCCGGCAGAUUUAUGAUACAAUCCCAGCAAGCAUUCACUUUACCCCGGCGGACUCUCCACUGUUCUACGAUUAUAGACAUCACUCUCCUCCGGACAAACCGUUCCAUUAAAAAGACCAGAAACUUGUGGUUUGAGAUGUUGUUUACCGUGUGUAUGAUAACCAACCGGUGUGUAAUUUAUUGAGACGAUAGAGUAAUGUGUGUAUAUGUAGCCGUACCAAGCCAUUCCACAUUUUGAUAGAGAUUUCAAAGAUGUGUCUCAUGCUCUCUGUAUUCCAGUGGUGGGAAUAUGACCACGGAGCUUGUAGUUCAUGAAGUGUGUCGGUAACGUGCAAAGCGCUGUACCAAAUGUUUGCAUUCGCGCAAAACGUGUCUCAUUGUGAAAUAAUAUAUAUAUAAAUAUAUAUAUAUAUAUUUGAAUGUGUCAUGUUUUUGCAGAUCCUAACUUUUAAAAAUAUCUAUUGAAAUUCCAUUGCACUGCAUCUGCCCUUGUAGCAUAACAGAAUGACCACGAGUCGUAUUUAAUUUGUGACGCUGACUCGCUACUACCCAUUUUAUUAUGGUUAUCGUAACUGUUAUUUUUUUAUAGAGCUAUUUCAGUUUUUCUACAAAAUAAAAGAAGAAAAAGAUUCACUAUUUAAGGCCAGCAUAUGGCAAUUUAUGUAAUAAUGUGCAAGUUCUGAGUCGUGUCCCUGAUGGGUUUUUUUAACGUUUGCCUGGGUUUAAAAAUAUAUAUAUAUAUGAGGGUUUUAAAUAUGUAUUUGUCCAUCUGACAGGGUAGCUUGAAGGAUAAUGGAGCUCAGAGCGCGAUGUGGCAGGUUUACUGAGGUAUUAAGCAUGCUGCUGAUGUACAACAGGUAGACAGAGAUCCCAACUUCCCAACUUAAUUUUUUAGGGAUGAGCUGGUGAGAUCAACAAUUGGUUCAGUGACAAUGAGACACGGUCAAAUCUCUCCUGCUGUCAAAUCAGAGAAAAUUAAAUAUCCUCGACGUACCUGCUGAUAUGAUUUAUGAGGUUGAGACAUAUUCAGAGGAGCUCAGGGAACACGGCAGAGUAGCAAAGCGUGUGAGAUGACGGUUGAGCUCUGUGAUGAGAACCUGUGUGAUUGCAUCAGGGAGUUUUCAGGUGAAAGGAAUACUCGCGGAUGCGCUGGGAGCCAAUCAGUGGGAGUUUUUUUGUGCAAUAGUACUAGCGGUUGGUUGAAUGAGUAAAUCCAGCCCUGGGUGUCAGGUACAGAUAGGCAGGUGCCACUGGUGAGUCAGAUAAAGGCCCUUUUUAUCGCACUGUUGUAGUCCUUUUAUGCUUUUAUUUUGAAAUGUUUUUCUCUUCUUCUUUUAGUCUCAUCUCUGUAUCAUACCGUGGCCUUGCAUCGCUUCAUUAGAAAGUUUAAAACAAAUAAACAAUCCUUGUGGUAUCUUCUACAUUGUGUAGGAAUGGUAGAUGUAAAUGUUUGUACAUUGUACAGCACCUUUAUAAAUACUUGGGUGAUUGCUCUUUCGGGGGGGGGGGGGGGGGUAAACAAACAAAAGAAGAAAAACAGAGGUAUAUUAAAUCGCUCCAUUAUUUUUUUAUGUAAAGAAAGAGAACAUAUUUAAAAAAAGACAAAUGAAUUGGAAAAAAAAGGAUGGACUAUGACCUUGACAUGGUGUUUCCCGUUCAUGCACUGAAAAAUAAAGUUUUACUGAAAACAC